AUGGAGCCUCAGCUAUGGUUAAACAGGGAAGAGUUUAGAGUUUAUAGAUAUGGAGUUGCGAAAGCCAUUGCUGAUAAUUCCUUUGUUCCUUCUGAUAUUCCUGAAGGAUGUGUUCCAAUCCACUUAAAUCUUGUGAUUACUUUGUUAGAGUGGAUGGAUGAUGCGGAGCUGUAUAUAUUGAAAGGUUAUGGAAAUUCACUAAACUAUAGAAUGGCGGUGCCUUUACUUAAAGAUGUUGUUGAAUCCAUGAAGCAAGCUAUUCAGGCUAAAGAAAAAAAACGAACUCCUGGAAGCUAUGAAAAGGAAAGACUUCGGUUUGCCCAUGCUAAAACUCUACUUCCUUUCUCAUGCUUGCUCGGUCUUUUUCUUGAAAGAUCUGGUGAGACUUUUAGACAUCAAUUUGAGCAAAUUCAAAAGGAGCAACGUGGGCGGCUCCCUCAAGUGCCUCCCCAGAAAAGAAAAUGGCGGGGGAGCACUAUGGUACCUUUUGCUAGUAACAACAUGUUGAUCCUCUAUAGUUGUCCGGCAACAGAGAAAUCCACCAGCAGCUACUUUGUGCAAGUUUUGCACAAUGAACAUCCCGUGCCAAUGCCAGCUUGUCACCAUUUUGAUUUCUGUGCAUUUGAAGUAUUCAGGGAAACGGUAUAUGGGCCUCAUGAGAAGCAUAAGUUUUAUACACUCUGUAAUGGGAAGGGAGAACACACAGGUGACUAA